UCUUCCUGUGCAUGGAUGGGCGGCUGCGGCUGCGGCUGUGGCUGCAUCGAGCCCCUAUUGCUAGGCCAUGAAGAGCGGUAUUUGAUAAUUUCUCCAGUGUCUGUGCCACCUCUCCCAGGUGGAAGUCCUGUGGGAAUGAUGGGACCAGUGCAGAUCUUCUGUGGAUCAGUUUGCCAAGGGCGUGCAAGAUUGGACGAGCUGAGAAAAAUCAGCGUUGAACUCGUUUUUUUGUAAAUAAGGCUGGAGUUGGCCCCUGACACCCAGGAGGAUGAUGACCGACGCUAGUGACAUGCUGGCCGCGGCGCUGGAGCAGAUGGACGGGAUCAUAGCAGGUUCCAAAGCCUUGGAAUAUUCCAAUGGGAUUUUUGAUUGCCAGUCUCCCACCUCUCCGUUCAUGGGCAGCUUGCGAGCCUUACACCUCGUGGAAGACCUGCGUGGAUUGUUGGAGAUGAUGGAAACGGACGAGAAGGAAGGGCUGAGAUGCCAGAUCCCAGACUCAACGGCAGAGACGCUGGUUGAGUGGCUUCAGAGUCAGAUGACAAACGGACAUCUGCCUGGGAAUGGAGACGUCUAUCAAGAAAGGCUGGCACGUCUAGAAAAUGACAAGGAAUCCCUCGUUCUUCAGGUGAGUGUGUUGACCGACCAAGUGGAGGCUCAGGGAGAGAAGAUUCGAGAUUUGGAGUUUUGUCUUGAAGAGCACAGAGAGAAGCUGAACGCCACUGAGGAGAUGCUGCAGCAGGAACUCCUGAGUCGGACCUCGUUAGAAACACAGAAGCUGGAGCUCAUGGCCGAGGUCUCUAACUUGAAGUUAAAGCUGACAGCUGUGGAGAAGGACAGACUGGAUUAUGAAGACAGGUUCAGAGACACGGAGGGGCUAAUCCAAGAGAUCAAUGAUUUGAGGUUAAAAGUCAGUGAACUGGACAGUGAAAGACUUCAGUCUGAGAAAAAACUCAAGUCAACUAAAUCUUUAAUGGCCAAACUCUCUAGCAUGAAAAUCAAGGUGGGUCAGAUGCAGUAUGAAAAGCAGCGGAUGGAGCAGAAGUGGGAGUCCCUGAAGGAUGAGCUGACCUCUUUAAAAGAGCAACUAGAAGAUAAGGAUUGUGAAGUCAAAAGACUGCAGGAGAGACUGGUGUGCAAGACCAAAGGAGAAGGGGUGGACGUCCUCGAUCGAGAUGAAAAUGUUAAAAGGAAGCUCAAGGAGAAAAAUAUUGAAGUGCAAAAAAUGAAAAAGGCAGUGGAGUCCCUGAUGGCAGCAAAUGAGGAAAAGGAUCGGAGAAUAGAGGAUCUCCGGCAGUGCCUGAACAGGUACAAGAAAAUGCAGGACCCAGCAGUUCUGGCCCAAGGCCAGGACGGUGAGUGUGACGGUCUGUUCCACUCCAGCUCCAUCUCCACCCUGUUGGAUGCUCAGGGCUUCAGUGACUUGGAGAGAAGUACCUCUUCUACGCCGGGAAUGGGGUCUCCCAGCAGGGACCUGUUCAACACAAGCGCUCCAGAAGAGUUUCACACCAGCGUCUUGCAAGCUUCCGUCCCUCCACUACUGCCACCGUCCCUGGGUGUGGAAACCUCUGAAAAGUCCAAGUUGCCUGUGAAGCCUGAGACUUCACUUGAAGAGAAGUAUGCAACUGAUGGAAAACCGAUCCUGGGUGCAGCCGCGGAAGCCACGCCGUGCGACAGUCUUUCAACUUCAAGUCUGCAAAAAUCCAGCAGCCUGGGAAACCUUAAGGGAGAGACAUCAGAUGUCUUGGAAAAGGAGUCUAUCCAGAAGCCUUCAGAGGAUAAAGCUCCAGCUGACAGCCGCACAUUUGGGACCCUGCCUCCCAAGGCUCCAGGACAUGACGCCUCCGUGGAUGACAACCCCUUUGGCACUCGAAAAGCCAGGUCCUCCUUUGGCCGAGGCUUUUUUAAAAUCAAAAGUAACAAGAGGACAGCAAGUGCACCAAACCUUGACCGUAAACGAAGUGCCAGUGCACCCACCUUAGCUGAGACAGAAAAGGAGACAACUGAGCACCUAGAUUUGGCUGGUACAUCUCGUCCUAAAGGUUCACAGGGGACCGGUCCUUUCCAGGUGUCUCCACCAUCUCCAGAUUCCAAAAAGAAGUCCAGAGGAAUCAUGAGACUCUUUGGGAAACUCAGGAGAAGCCAGUCAACUACAUUCAACCCAGAUGACAUGUCCGAGCCUGAAUUCAAAAGAGGAGGGACGAGGGCAACCGCAGGCCCCAGGCUCGGCUGGUCUCGAGACUUAGGGCAGUCCAAUAGUGACCUGGAUAUGCCAUUUGCCAAAUGGACAAAGGAACAAGUGUGCAGUUGGCUAGCAGAGCAAGGCUUGGGGUCCUACCUGAAUUCUGGCAAGCACUGGAUUAUAUCUGGCCAGACACUUCUGCAGGCUUCUCAGCAAGACCUAGAGAAGGAACUUGGCAUCAAGCAUUCCUUGCAUCGCAAGAAGCUCCAGCUGGCCCUGCAGGCCCUGGGGUCUGAAGAAGAGACCAACUAUGGGAAGCUGGACUUCAACUGGGUCACUAGAUGGCUGGAUGACAUUGGCCUCCCUCAGUAUAAGACUCAGUUCGAUGAAGGGCGGGUGGAUGGUCGGAUGCUGCAUUACAUGACAGUGGAUGACCUGCUGUCCCUGAAGGUCGUGAGCGUGCUGCAUCACCUCAGUAUCAAAAGGGCCAUCCAAGUCCUGAGGAUCAAUAACUUCGAGCCAAACUGCCUGCGGAGGCGGCCGUCCGACGAGAAUGGCAUCACCCCAUCUGAGGUCCAGCAGUGGACCAACCACCGUGUGAUGGAGUGGCUACGCUCUGUGGACUUGGCAGAAUACGCCCCCAAUCUCAGAGGCAGUGGAGUCCACGGAGGCCUCAUGGUCCUUGAGCCUCGUUUUAAUGUGGAAACCAUGGCUCAGUUGUUGAACAUUCCACCAAAUAAGACCUUGCUGCGCAGACAUUUGGCCACCCAUUUCAACCUUCUGAUCGGUGCUGAGGCCCAGCACCAGAAGCGGGAUGCCAUGGAGUUACCAGAUUAUGUACUGUUAACAGCUACUGCCAAAGUGAAGCCCAAGAAACUGACCUUUAGCAACUUUGGGAACCUGAGGAAGAAGAAGCAAGAAGACGGAGAGGAAUAUGUUUGUCCCAUGGAACUGGGCCACACUUCGGGGAGUAGCUCCCAGAAGGGAUUUAGAACUGGCUUGGACAUGCGCCUUUAUGAAGAGGAUGAUUUGGACCGGUUAGAGCAGAUGGAGGAUUCAGAAGGGACGGUGAGGCAGAUCGGUGCGUUCUCCGAAGGCAUCAACAAUCUCACACACAUGUUAAAGGAAGACGACAUGUUUAAAGAUUUUGCUGCCCGCUCCCCCAGUGCCAGCAUCACAGAUGAAGACUCCAACGUUUGACCGGAGCACCCGGGCAGGAUCAGCCACACAGAUGUCGUUUUCCAACUCUGUCUUUCAGAUAGCAUGUGCAACAGGUGGCAGGUUGUGCAUUGUUAAUUGUUCCGACUUCUGCUCACUCAGAAGUGGGACUGUCACGCAGGGGAAUGGUGCCAAUUCUGAAGAAACACGAGACGCUGGUGAACGGAAGUCUGCUCGCUCUGCCUCUAUUUAAUGUAAAGUCUGUGAUAUAUUCUAUUUAACGUGUUGCAUAUAAGGUUGGGUGUUUUGCCAGAGUGCUUCAUUCACAUCCCCAGGACGGAGGUUUGGCCACAUCAGUGUUCUUUGCAGCCGUCUAAGCUGAACGUGCUGCUCUCCAGAUCCAAGUGCUCAUCACAUUUGGUGCCGCUAAAUGCCACGCACCUCCACUGGCCUCUGACUGUCUUAUUUUUAUAUAUUUUUCUAAAUAUGUGUGUAUAUAUACAGUAUAUAGAAAACAGAACUUUUAUUUUGUGACACGGGAUCCAAAGAUCAUAUUAAAAACGAAGAAACCCCAGUGUUCUCAAUUUUUUUAUACCAGCAGAUUCCUGAAGAUCUCAGUCUUUUUUCCCUCCGUUGAUAGAUUUUUCACGUGACAUGCACUUCGGUGAUUCCCCCUCCACUGAUACAUUUUCACAUGACGUAUACUUCUGAGAUUCUCCCUCCGUUGAUACAUUUUUACGUGACAUACACUUCGGUAAUCCCCACAAACUCACAGAGCAGUUUCGAAACUUCAACUUUCAUGUUGACCCCGUUUGCUUCAUAAUGGAUCCUUGGCUGCCCUUGCCCCUCAGGAAAGGUUCUGUUAGAGCGACUUUGGAAAAACCCAAACCAAAACAGAGCCUUUGCAUAUGAUUUCUUCUUUGCCGAAUGCACCACGACGCCAUGCCGACUGUACCUUACACUCACAUUGUCAGCUUAGGGGGCUGCAUGUGGUUUCAGUCAGGAUCCAGUGCUCUGAAGCUGCAGCAUGUUUUCCUGUCCAGUGGCACAUUGCUCAUGGUCUCUGUAACACACGACCCUAAAGCUCUUUUUAAAGAAAAUGGAAAACUGAGAGCAGCUGUUCCUGUGGCGUGUGUGUGUGUGUGCGUGUGCGUGUGUGUGCGCGUGCGUGCGUGCGUGUGUGUGUGUGUAUGUGUGUGUGUGUGUGUGUUCAGCGGGGUUGGGGACAAUCUGUUUUUCAUCCAGGACUGCACACAACGAGACUAACUGUGUGCAGACAGGAGCUUACACACUGGGGUGCAGGGGGGCAGUUCAGUGUAUGGUAAUAGAUUUGGUGAUAACCAUUUCUGAAUGUGAGCGGUAUUCCUUCUAUAAAUGCUCAGCAGAUCAUGAAGCUGUUCAUUGUGAAGGUUGUAACACCACUCUUUAUUUCUGACUGAAAUUAUCUGAUGCUAACCCUGAUUUCCUUUGAAUGCUCCCGUUCAUGAUUGAUGACGUUAUUGGCUUCUUCCUGUACUGGGAUUUUAGUUUAACAUGAAUAAAUAUCACCAUUUGAAAAGCUCAGUUUGUUAUUAGACCCUGGGUGAAAGUGCCAGCAGACUGUUACAGAUGCCAAAUACUCUUUAGUAAGGACAGUGUAACAACCGAUGAUAUGUGAUAAAGGUAAAAACUUUUGAUUAUAUAUUUUAUUUACGAAAGUAUUAUGCACUGUUGGCAUUUCCUUAUGAAAAGAAAUAAAGUCAGUUGAUAACUGC